GCUAAAAAAUUAAUAAAAAGUGAUUUUUUACGUUUUGUAGAGUUCAAAACGUGAUAAUCCAUAAGUAGGUCUCCCCUUACUGCAGGAAAACGUGAUUCCACAUAAUACAGAGCCAUAACUGCCGCCAAAAUUCCCAUGGAAGUUGACCUCUUCAUCACGAUCCUUUGAUCGAUCACAGCUGCAGUAGUUCGCUUCAUCAAGAGCCAUUCGUUUCCCACACAAAAGAUUGAAAGUGGUGCUUUAGGUUUUCCCGUCUCUUAAUUUUCUCCUUUUGUUACUGCUAGCAUCUGCCGUUUGCCCUACGUAAGGGAAUGGAUUUGAACCAUGAAAAUGCAACAAAUAAGCUUUCAACUACCAAGGCUAGUGCUAGAAAAACUGUUUGGGAUUCUAGUACCCAUAUGAUAUUUGUUGAGUUGUGUCUUGAGGAAGUAAAAAUUGGCAAUAGACCUGCGAGCCACUUCAAUAAGGUUGGGUGGACGAACCUAGCAAAUAAUCUAAAAACUCGAACAGGAAAAGAUUACACCAAACUGCAACUUAAAAACCAUUGGGAUUCAAUGAAGAGGGAUUGGAAGUUAUACGACCAUUUGAUGAGAAUUGAAUCUGGGCUUGGAUGGGAUCCUGUGAAAAAGACGAUAAACGCAACGAGUGAGUGGUGGGAUGAAAAAAUACAGGCGGAUCCAGAACUUACAAAAUUUAGAGGCUAUCUUGCCCCUUAUAAAGGAAAUGAUGUUCGUUAUCAUAUACCUAAUUUUCGUCGAGGUCAAACAGUUGCCCAAUGCGCUCCGAAAGGACUAAAAGAGACAUUUAACUACUAUCACUCAUCUUUAAGAAAUGUGAUCGAACGAACAUUUGGAGUAUGGAAGGCAAGGUGGGCAAUAUUAAAAGAUAUCCAUGUUAAUUACUCUUAUGAAACACAGGUCGAUAUUGUGAUAGCAUCCAUGGCAUUAGGAUGAAAGGUCAUUUUGAUGAAGCAUUUAACAAAGCACAACAAGAAACUUAUCAUCCAACUCGAGAUGUUGAAAGUGAUACAUCCAUCAGAAUUAAUGGAACACAAGAAGACAUAACUACAUGUCGUAGGCAAGACGAUCUAUGUAUGAGUUUGGUAAGAGAGAGAAUUGCAAAAGAUAUUAUGCAAUCUAAUUGAAUGUUUAUCUGUUGCAAUUGCGGUACUAAUGCAGAAUAGUGAAUAAUUUGUUUACGUACCUUGUACCGAAAUCAUAUGGCGUAGCGAUUGAACUGGAGUUUGUUGUUUUUGGCUUCUUGA